AUGGUUAGUCGUUAAAGAUCCCCAAUAACUCGCCUCGAAAUUAAAUGUGGUGUUGAAUCCUGAAUUCAGAGCAUGGAAGUGAUUCUCAUCUUCACAACCGCUAUUCCACCGGAAAUCCGUGCUCACUACCAAAUAAUCAAUCAAAACGUGGAAGAUCAUUCUGUCAUUGGUGUACUCAACCUGAAAACUCUAGCAAGUCAAGUGAAUGUCGUCGUCAUGUCGUCAUCAGUCGUUUUUUUCCCAAUUGUAGGGCUCACUUCUCGUAGGCACGUUAUUUUUGAGGAAAACCGUAUCGAAAGUACAUUAGUGUUACAGAAAAAUACUUCAACAUAUUAAUAACUCGGCCGAUAAGUUUUCACCGGCUAAAAAUGCACAGAACAAGAUUUUUUUGAAGGUAAGCGCUGUCCGAAGAAAAAUUCCUUUAUCUUAAUGUUUGAUUUUAGGGUUUGACUCUACAAACGUUUCUCCCUCUGUUCUUUUAUGUACCGAUAUCAUCGGCCUAUUUCUACUGUAUCGCAACACGUAAGUGGCAGUUUUAAAAAUGGAAAACCUCAAAUAUCACAAUGUUUUUCAGAGACGGAGAGCCUCUUCCAGCAGUAUUUUAUGUUUCUGAUUCCUGCAUUUCCGGCCUUCUUUGAUCCUUAUAUCACGUUAUACUUUGUGACUCCUUACAGAAAUCAACUGAAGACUUGGUUCAAAAAACGUAAGGGAUCCAAGCCAUUAACAGUCGUCAGUUCACAAAUUAACAAUUUAUUUUGAAUCGAAUAGUUCCAAUCCCUAGUUUUUUCUUGGAUUUGACCUGUUUGUCUAAAUGUAAGUCAUAAAUCUUCGUUAUUUUUGUACUGAUGUUAUGUUUGUAUGUUAGUAUUGACGAUGAAAAAGAUACACACAGACAGACUUCGGUAUGGAAUGUCAGAGGAAAAAGACGACGCGGAGCCAGAAGUUGUAAAGGUUUGCUGGAAUUGGUAGCCAAAUUGAUUGUUUAAUUUCUCGCGAGCUUCCUCUCUAUCAGAAGCUACACAAAUACAUAUGUACAAGCAAAUAAAAGUGAAUGUUCAAGAGAGCAAAAGAAUUCUCCCCGGCCGGGAAUUGAACCCGGGUCUCGCAUGUGACAGACGCGGAUACUCACCACUAUACUACCGAGGACACGAAAGAGAGGCGGGCGGCGGGGAGAGAUAAGAGCGCGGUCGGAGAACGAAACGGCCGCGCUGUGGGCAUGAAAAGAAGCGAGAAAUGUGUAAGCACUAUUAGAAAAUUUAAAGAGAAAACUGGAGUUAGAAAAGAGGUGAACUAAUUUUUUUCAGGGUAAAAUCAACGACACUUUUCAACUACAAAAUGUUGAUUUCUAAUCAGGGUUUCUCAAAAUUUUACUGGAAAAUGAAUUUGUUUCCCCAGUUCUACGUAAGUUCGCUGUCAAAUAACGUGCAGCGACUAAUUACGGGUUUCCUCUGAGAGUUCGCGUCAAUACCCAGACCGACGUAAGCACUGAAUAUUGAAACGGAAGGGUGUAAUUAGCACAUAAACUUUGGUCUGGAAUUUACCAGGCUGUACUUCAAAUCGGAGACAUUCAACUUCUGAUUCAUAAAGCAUUUAGCUCUCACCUUUUCAUCGUCUAGCUCCAAUUCAUAACAUUCUUUGUUCAUUUGACUAGCUGAACUUGAGAGCCAGUUCCAAAAACAAUGUAUCGUGUGAUACUGUUCUACUUUUACCCAAUAUUUUUUGUAUUGGUGAUCUUCAGCCAAUUGUUACUGGUUUAUACUAUUCUACGAUAUUCUCCCAAGAACUUGCAAACGAUGAAGUUGGUCUUUCUGAAUACGAGUUUAUUUCAAGUUGUUCACGUCACCACAGGUUUUAUGUGUCAAAUGAGGCAAGUUUCAAGCUUGACUCCUAUUGAAGUUUGGAGUUAUGGACCAUUUCGACAUAUGGAGACUUAUAUUCAGUACUCUGUUUAUCACCUUCUUCAGGUAAGGGUUGUUGUGGCGUUUUGUUUGUUUGGAGGAAGAGUGCACCCCAGACUGCACUUUUGACCUACCUGAAAAUAAAAAAACUGUCUAAUUUCGGACAAUUAUAGACCUAUUUUGAAUGAUUGUUUUACACCUAUUGUAUUCUCUUUUUUUUUGAGAUAUGCCACAUAGAGAAUAUUUUAUGCUAAGCCUAGUUGGGCCUGAUUGAAUGAAUGCAAGUUCAUAGGCAUCUUGUUAACUCCAGAAAGUUCCAUAGUGCUACUAGAACGUUCCUGAAGAUUAUAUUCCAGAGUUCAGCAUUCAUAGGUAGUGCUUCAGUAUUCUUCACUAUCGUUUUAAAGUAUGAAGCUGCAAGAAGUUUGAAUCCACAGAAAAGCAGAAUGAUCAGACUGGUCUUUCUGAUUUGCACUCCCAUUAUCAUAUCCCUGGUGAGUAAUUUAUGUACCUUACAAUUAGACAAUGGAUAGCAGACUUUCUGUCUUUCCAGUUCACUCGGUUCAGUUCACAAGUGAUCAUUGGGUUAUUCAUUGCAGAGCAUGGAACUGACCUUGAUUAUAACUCAAGCACUGCCAUCUGAAAUGCGCGAACACUACAAAAUGCUUAACGUGAACACCUCGGAUCACGCAGUUAUUGGUCUUGUGGACUUAGCCAACAUACCAAGUAAAAUAAACUUCUUCGUCUUAUCAGCUUCUGCAUUUGCUUUACCGGUAUUUGGCAUUUACCUCAGAAGGUCAGUGGAAACAGUAUACGCAAUAAUUCCUCAGUAUAUUUCAGGAAAAUCCUUUUGCUUGUUGCUUCCAGCAUAGAUAGGUCUUCUCAGCUCAAAAAAUCUCAGAACAGAAACUUUAUCAAUGUAAGUUGACGCUAUUUGUUUUCUGAAAAUGAAAAGUUUCGUUCAGGGUCUCACACUUCAAAUAAUUCUUCCGUUUCUCUUCAAUGUGCCAAUUUUUAUUUGCAUGUUUUACGUUAUACUCACGAGUCAGUCCACUUUUUUCCGCUGUAGAAGUCGUUGAAUGAUUACACUUACAGAAGCGGAACUAUUGUUUCAACAGUACAUGAUGUUUGUGCUACCUUGUUUGCCAACCUUGUGCGAUCCAUUCAUCACAUUGCAUUUCGUAACACCUUAUCGUAAACAGAUCAAGAUAUGGUUGA